AUGGCGUACUUGCAAGAGACCAUCCUCCCCUACGUUCGCGACUACUCCAGCACCAUCGUGCGCAAGACCUUUACUUCGGCCCUCCCACACACGACAAUCGACAAGCUAUCCGACAUGCGCUCCGACUUUGUCGAGCCGUACAUAAUCCGACCGCUAGCGAGCCUAAUCGCCUUCUCCACGACAGAUAUGAUGUCCUUUUUCAUCAUGGUCAUCACACUGUACCUGUCGCUGCGCAUACUCGAUUAUGCGCGGCGGGUUGUGGUAUUUUGGGUCAUGCUGGUGUUUCGGCUGGCCUUUUGGGCGAGCGUCAUCGGACUCGGGUUUUACGUGUACAAUGUCGGUGCGACUAGGGCUGUGGCUGAGGCUGGCUGGUUCUUUGGACUUGUGCAAGGGUUUAUCGAAGAUUUUAUGGAUAGGGCCGAGAGCACCAGGCGAAUGGGCAAUGCGGCUGCUGGUGGUUCGACCGGGUACGGUGAACAAGCGGCGUGGUAG